AUGGCAGAGUGGGUUAACACCUACAAUUACGAUGGAUACCAGCCACUCCUUUUAGCGGUACGGAGAGGAGACUCGUCCAUGGUCAAGCUACUUCUCAGCCACAAGGAUAUCGACGUCAAUAAGAGAGAUAUUAAUGCCAAGGACGAAUGGGGAACGACUCCGCUCUGGUGGGCGACCAAGAGCGGCCAUUGCUCGGUAGUUAAACGGCUUCUGGCGGAGAGCACUCUGGAUCUCAACGGUUUCGUCGAGCUCCUAUCACCCCUUCAUCCUUGCCGUUGA